CGCGAGGUGCCCCACGCGUACGAAACCGUCCAGCCAUUCACAUUUGCGCUCAUACUUCCGACUGCGCUCAGGAUACAUGGACAACUUUUUCGUUUUGUGAAUGUCAGCAGGGAACAUCUCUGAAAUUGUAGUCACAAAAAAACUGUUCACUUCUUAACUGUGUUUUGAUACAAGUCGAAAAUGUGAUUUCUCUCAUGGGGAUAUAGCGUUGUACCAUGGUUUUGGAACCCGGCGUCUCCACCAGGACAUGGACUGCUGCAUAGCCCCUGUGGCAGCCUAUUGUAUUCAUGCAUCCCAAAAGGACACGUGAAUGCAAUGAAUUUCUUGAACAAAAUGGGAUUAUGUGACCCAACCAGUAAUACAACCAAUAGCUCAUAUGACCAUGGGAGUUUUGGCAUUGAUGGGUACAUGAAUCUAAGUUCUGGGGGCCCGAUGCCUGUGAUGGAGGAAGUAAAUAUCAGCAACAGUGAGAGCAACAGCAUGCCGAAGAGCAUUGCUCUCAUCUGCUUCCUGUCCCUGGUGAUGCUCAUGAGUGUCCUGGGGAACCUCCUGGUCAUGACGGCUGUCUGCAAGGACCGCCAGCUCAGAAAAAUCAAGACCAAUUACUUCAUAGUAUCGCUGGCCUUUGCAGACCUGAUGGUGUCGGUGCUGGUGAUGCCGUUUGGUGCCAUCGAGCUGAUCCACCAGAACUGGAUUUAUGGAGAAACGUUCUGCCUGGUCCGAACAUCUCUAGAUGUUCUGUUGACAACAGCCUCCAUAUUACACCUGUGUUGCAUAGCCUUGGACAGGUACUAUGCCAUCUGCUGCCAGCCGCUGGUCUACAGGAAGAAGAUGACAUCACUGAGAGUGGCUCUAAUGUUAGGAGGAUGCUGGGUAAUCCCCACCUUUAUAUCCUUUCUACCCAUUAUGCAAGGAUGGAACAGUAUUGGAAUAGACCAUUUGAUAGAGGAGCGGAAGUUCAGCGGUGACGCAGUCAACGCGACGGCGUGUGUCUUCAUGGUCAACAAGCCCUACGCUCUGACGUGUUCCGUGGUGGCCUUCUACAUCCCACUGGGGUUGAUGGUGCUGGCCUACCAGCGCAUCUAUGUGACUGCACGGGAGCACGCACGCCAAAUCAGUAUGCUGCAACGGGCGGGGGCCGCCUCGGCAGACAGCGCCGACCACCAGCGCAACCACCGCAUGCGUACAGAGACCAAGGCGGCCAAGACUCUGUGCAUCAUCAUGGGCUGUUUCUGCCUGUGCUGGGCCCCUUUUUUUAUCACCAACGUGGUGGACCCCUUUAUAAACUACACAGUGCCAGGCCAGCUGUGGGCAGCAUGCCUGUGGCUGGGCUACAUUAACUCCAUGCUUAAUCCCAUUCUCUAUGCCUUCCUGAACAAGUCCUUCCGCCGUGCCUUCCUCAUCAUCCUCUGCUGUGGGAGAAAGCGUUACAGCGCCAGGCGGCCAUCCAUACUGGGGCCGGGGCCCCCCUGCUCGGCCACACAGAUCAACGGCUCCACCCAUGUGCUCAAGUAUGCUGCCCUGCAUAAUGGAAACCACAUUGAACAGGAAAAGCAGUCAUUGCAAAGAGAGGACACAGAGUCACAGGAGUCCUGCUUCUGACAACCACAGACAGAUAGACAGUCAGACAGACACCUUCCCAUGCAGGCUGAGACAGGGACUGGGUCAGAACCAUCCCUAGAGGGGGUCAUUCUAAAACAGCCUCUCCAACUGAGAGAGAGCCAACUCGACAACGUCUCCGGACUUCAUUCUUAGUAGCAGGAUUUGAUUAUGGACUGUGGAACACUACAAGGUGAACAAUGUUGCCAAAGCUAUUUGAUAUGAACUUGGUUUUAAGAUAUGUCCUUCCAUAUUUCCUGUGCUUAGAAAAGGAAGGAAAACACUCCAAAUCUCUCUGAUCCACUAUAGCUCCGUUAGAGCGAGAAUGUUUCAGUAAGGCUUAGUGUCACUUAGAAUGAAGCAUUAACUUGAAAUGUUCUAAUUUAAAACAUGUAAAGGUCUCUUAUCUCUCCCUGUCAUUGGUGCCCUGUACUCAAUCACUAGCAGCCUACUUUCUCUUGAUGUUCUGCACAAUCUUCAAAAGCCGAAAGGGAUAGAAAGUAAUUGAACACACCUACGGUAAAGUAUGAAGUAAUUCAGCUCUUGACCGACUCUUGAUGAGUAUUAUUAGCUGCUAAAAUAUAUAAAGGAUCCGUCCCUUCCCUCUCAUGACUCAUCUCUCAGAUGUAUACAAGGAUGGACCAUGCAAUAAGAUGGACAUAUUUCCAUGAAAGCUUUUAAAAAGUUCUGGUUGCUGGAGUAAUCUUGGUCACAGUAUUUUGCCUCCUACUGCUGCUGUGUGGUAGUACACUACUGUACUCUGUACAGUACGUGUGUGCAUACUUGAGAUCAUGUCCUCUGCUUUUUGAAGUGCUGCUCUCAACAUCACAUGUGUUUAGUCCAGUCCACAGUAACAUCCAAUGUCUUAUACAUGACUAACAGUAGCCUGUAAACAUGUGCCAGAAUGUACUCACAUUUUCAUUCAUUUUAUAUUCAUAAACAAUCAAAGGUAUCCUUGAACUGUAUACGCAGCACUUCAGUCAAUGUUUACUUGCACCUGAAAUGUAAACAUUGGCUUUUUCACUUAGGUUAUUUUCCUGUGCAAUUUCAGAGCAAACCAAUCCACUUGCUGAGUCCUUCAGUAGGCUACCAAUGAGGUCUAGCUCAUGUAAGGUAUUCGCCACCAAAGCUAGCAUUUAAUUUUCUAUGAGUCACCAAAUAGAGGACCAGUGGUUCAGUUAAUUAUAUUUUCUGUCCAAAGCACUGGGAAUAUUUACUUUCAGUAAGCAAUGUAAAGAGAUCAACCAACAGACAUACCAACUGUAUUUUCCCCCACACAUCCAUCCUGUUAAACACACAUUCAAUUUAAACUAAAUGACCCUGUUGGUUGAACUUCCUGAUGAAAUGUCCAACCUUUGUAGAUAUCUGCUUUUGAUUGGCUAACAGUACGGUCCUCAUGUUUCUGUAAUGCAUAGAAUGUAGAUGACCAUUCAGAUGUCUCAGAGUGGGGUGUUGACGGCAUGGUCAAGUGUGUUACACAGUGUCCAGAAGCAUUAAGCCAUUAAUCAUUACAUUCGUCCCGUCUUCCUCCUUACAAAACUGAAACUUCAGUCACACACUCCUUCAUCCUGUCCUUGGAUUCAAUCGUUUCCCUGGAGAUUCAUGAGAAGUAAUAAUAACAAUGAAUUUUAUUUUAGGAAUAUUUAGUACUUAGGAAGAUUUUGACAGUUCUGCUAUUCCAGAGGGUCUUGGUCGAUACAAAUGUUCUUGUUUUUUCCUGCAGUAACUGACAGCUAAAUGUAUUUAGAAUAUAUAGGCAGAGCAUUUACAGUGCUAUACCCUCCCGCUACAGACAUCAAAACAAUGUUUUUUUGUUUGAUUUUUAAAAUUCUCCUUUUAAAAAACUAUUUCACUCACUGUGACCUCUUCCUUAAUUGAAGCACUAGCACUUUUGUAAAAUAUAGAUGAUAAUGUAAAAAGAUUAUUCCAUAGUCUUCUCAUCAGUUGAUUGUCCCGAGACCAACAUGAUGUAAACCAUGAAUAGGUAUUUUGAUCACUUAAGUUAUUAACGUUCCUUUUCAUUCAUCCUGAGGAUUUAAUUUAAUUUUUUAUUUUAUUUUUGGUGAUACAUUCAGAAAAUUUCUGUUAUGUCAUUUAAAAAAAAAAGAUGAAUAUAAAAGUAACCACAAUGUGUAUAAUCCAUUCUAAUUAUAUAAACAUCUUCUCAAAUGAUUCCUUUUGUGCGUAAGACCGUGCACUUUGUACAAACAAUGCAACAUAAUGUUUGUCCGUGAACUAUCUUAACAUUUCAUUUGUAUAUUUUAUUUUGCGUUUGUGUUUUUUAGGAAGUGAAUUCAGCCAAUGAAGCAGAUUAUGCAUCGUUCUGUCAGCAUAAUGAAGGCUUCUGUUUCUGAGAUUUUAAAGUUUAAAUAGUGAUGUAUUUUUCUGCAAAGAGUGUAAAAUGAGUCUGUGUCUGUUCAGUGAGCAAUUAUAAUGACUUUAUAUUCUCCAUUCCAGUAGCUCUGCUGGCCUAUCCUUCCAGCACAGUAUAAUGGUAAAGGCUGAACAUGUAUGCUACCAUAUACUACGACUGAUGCAGUCUCAUACAGCUGUUGAUUGAGCUUUGUGAUGUUCAAGAUGUUUAUAAACCUUGUACAUCACAACAUUCUAUUGCCACUUUUCAGUGGACGUGGCCACCAUAAUAAUUUCAGCCAAGCUAAGAAGUGUGUCCCAUCAGGUUUUGUUUGUGAUAAUAGGUACAGGAUUCUGCAUACGCACUCCCCCGGGCCUGGCGGUUACCAUGACACCUGGAAUAUAAAGCUAUGUGAUCGACAUGGUACAUUAUGUGUUGGUGGUUGAAAGUCCAGAAUUAGAAUACUGCUUGUAGAGAUUUAAAAAGGACAACCUCCUGUGUUAAUAACACACCUUUCAUGUUUACUAUAGUACUUUACAUGCAAGAGGUAGAUUUGAAAGGAGAACCAUCCACUAGUGCGUAUUUGACAGCUGAUAAUGGGAAGUAUGGUAAUUCAUUGUAUCUUCUGCUUUGUCCAGUAGGAGCUCCUUUUAAUCCUUUGUGGAUAACAUACACGUACGUAAAAGGUCAAAGUGAUGAUAUAUUCAAUGAUUCACCUGUUCGUUAGUGAUCAGAACCACAGGCAUCUUCUAGUCCCUGUGGUGUAUUCUAACACCCCCAGACUCUGCAUACUCAGGAAAUCUGAAGCCCCAUUUAUACCUGCAGCUAACAUGCAUCCUUCAUCCUGAUCUUGUCCGUUUACACUUAUAAGAUAUGAUCAAAGCCUUUGAACCGUCAAUACCUGUCUGGAAAUGUGGGUACAAUCAGAAUGUGGAGAUGAUCCGGACACAGGACGCAUGUUAACACCUAUAAAUGGGUCUUGAGAGAGGCUGAGCUUUGAGGUCAGUUGUCAAGAGGCGAAAGGCAAGGGACUGCACCUCACAUAGAGCUACAAUGUAAUAGGCAGAUCAAGUCAAUCGUACAUAACUCAUCUGGGGAGAUAUUAGACAAUGAGGAAGAAAAAAAUGAAAUGUGCAGUUUCAACAAACCAUUUUUGUUAAGCCAAUUUAAAACAUAUUUUAUUUUAUUUAUUUUAAAUCUCACACAUUUUAAAUCUCAACAAAGCAUUGCCUUUUAAAAGUUGAUCUAGAUUCAACAUCGUCAUAGAAAGAGUUGUAUCUCAAAGCCAUACAUUCCCUUACGGUUUGGACAUUUUGGUUCAAUCCUUUUUCCGUUUUCGUCAUUUCGUCACCGUCACCACGGCUCUUAGGGUGUCGCCUCUGAAAGCUGCCCUGAAGGCAGAGCAAGCUCACAGCAUGAAGUUACAGUAAAUCUCCCAACAAGGUGGUUGAAGAAUAAACUUUUGUAAUAACACUCAGUAUUUCUUUUGAUGGAAGAAAGAUGGGUCACUAUUUUCAUGUACUCUGGCUUCUUCUCUGUCAGGGAGCUAUGAUGUGGAUGACUUUUUCUGUUGCUAUGUGACAGCUUUAAUAAAUGAUAAUGAAUGAUAAUUGAAGACGGAGAGACGUUACUAAUCCCUG